AUGACGAUGAAUUUUGGCAACAUGACCCUCGGGGGUGCUGCAGCAACCUUUGGGGGUCAAUCAAACCCAAUGUGCAACUAUACCAGCCCUCUUGCCAAAAAGUUUGUUUACAAGGAGAUGGGUAAGGUAUACUAUCCUCUUCGUCGGCAUGUCUUUCGACUGAAGGUGCGUACGGCAGCCGAGAUUCGUUUUAACGAAAUCGUUAAGAAAUACAUGAAGGACAAGUUGAGCUUCAAGAAAGGAUGCUAUGCUGCAACUAUUACAAAUACUGUGGAAUUGGACCAUAUGGGAAGUAUCAUUCCAAAAGAUGAAUACGAAGUGCGUCGUCUCACGAGCUACAUGACAAGUAAGAAAAUGAGUAACGAUUAUAAAAAACACAUUCAAGAUCUAUGGACUCGUGUUCUUUUUGUUUGUGAGUCUACAAAUUUUGUUGGAGCCGCUGAAACCGCUGUGCAUCAUAACUCGCGCCCUGGUACAGAUGAGGAGUUUAUGGCUCUUAUUUGGUAUUCUACCUUUCUUGCCACAUUCUUUGCGUUUCUUGUAACCCUUUGUGUGUGGUGGUACAGGUACGGACAGGCCCCGCAAUACGCAGAAUUCAAGUAA